GACAAAAUGAAGUUAACCAUUAUUUUAACGGUGGCAAUUCUAGGAGUCCUUCAAGAAAGAGGUGUUCACACGUUUCCGACUAACAUUGAGGAUUUUGAAGAUCCUUUAGUAUGGCCAAUUCCACAAAGAAAUGGAAGUAUUCUUUGGAUGACCGAAGAAGAAGCUGAAUUUGAAGCCUCUUUAACUGAAGAGCACGAAACUACAUUUGGAGAAAAAUCAGAUAAAGUUCGUUUUUUUCUUUUUACCCAACAAAAUCCAACAGAAUCCAUUGAACUUUUUCCAAAUGAUUUGGAAUCAUUGAUGAAUUCAACUUUUGAUGCCAAGAACCCAACAAGAUUUAUGAUCCAUGGAUGGUUGACCGAUCACAGAAAUGUUUUUGAUAUAAAAGAUGCCCUUUUACUGAACGGGGAUAAGAGAGAGUUUAAUUUCAUAUCAGUCGAUUGGAGUGUUUACAGUGAAACAAUAAAUUACAUCUCCGCUAAGAAACAUUGUUCCAAAGCUGGUGAAAAAGUUGCCGAACUUAUUGAUUGGUUACAUGAAGCUGCAAAUCUUUCUUAUGAAACUUUAGCUGUUUAUGGACAUAGUUUGGGAGCUCAUGUAGCUGGUUUCACCGGGAAACAUGUCAAACAUGGACGAGUUCAUACUAUUGUUGGAAUGGAUCCAGCAAUGCCAUUAUUUCGAAUUAAACGUCCUGAAAAACGUUUAGCAGCUACUGAUGGCGAAUAUGUUGAAACUAUACAAACUAAUGGUGGAUUAUUGGGUUUUUAUAAUCCAAUUGGUCAGGCAGCAUUUUAUCCGAAUGGUGGAAAAUUACAGCCAGGAUGUGGCACGGAUCGACAGGGUUCAUGUUCGCAUGGUAGAUCAAUUGCAUAUUUUGCUGAAGCUUUAAGUUUGGGGCAUAAGAAUGGAUUUAGUGCAAUUGGAUGUGCUGAUUUUGACAGUCUUAAAAGUAAAAAUUGUAAUCAAUUUUCAGGAUUAUUACGAUUGGGUGAUCCGAAAAAUGCUGAACAUGCAAAUGGUAUUUAUUAUUUGGAAACUAAUUCGGAGGCUCCAUAUGGUAUUCAUAUUUUGAAAUGAAAGUUUUUGUGUUUAGAUGUAGUUAA